AGAAAAAAAUCGCAAGGUUCAGGUUCCGCGUGCAUUAUAAAAACGCACGCUCGCACUUAUUGUUAUUCAGUGCCAGAGCUUAAGUCUGAAGGGGGACGCACGUAUUCUUUUUUUUUUUUCGUAGACCCGCGACAGUUCACCAAAGGCGCGCGUUUGGUUCGUUACCAAUUUGUUCCUGGGCGUUGUGGUUCUGAAAUUGAUUUAUUUUUUUGGUGUGGUGGCACGGUUUUUCCCUGUGGCGUUCGGAGAAAGAUUAUUUUUUUAAACUGGAAAGAUGACCGAAACGGACGUGCAGAAGUUUUACAAGAACGCCACCGUCUUCCUGACCGGCGGCACCGGCUUCCUCGGCAAGAUACUGAUCGAGAAGCUGCUGCGCAGCACCGACGUGAAGCUACUCUACAUCCUGAUCAGGGACAAGAAGGGCAAGGACAUUCACAGUCGGAUCGACGAACUGUUCGACGACGUCAUCUUUGACAGAUUGAAGGUGGAAUGUCCGAAGUUUCGGCACAAAAUCGAAGCGAUUCCGGGCGACUGUUCCUGCGGCGGUUUGGGUUUGAACUUGAUAGACAGACAGAGGAUCGUGGCGACGACCAACGUCGUCUUUCACGUUGCCGCCACCGUACGGUUCGACGAGAACUUAAAGCUGGCCUACAGCAUCAACGUGAACGCCACCAAAGAGAUGCUGGACUUGGCGAGGCAAAUGAAAGAGCUCAAAGCAAUUAUGCACGUCUCAACAGCAUAUUCUCAUUGUCAUUUGGAGGAGGUAGAAGAGAAGUUCUAUGAUCAUCCUAUAAACUACGAAGAAGUUGGUAUCUUGCUGGAGAAACUUACGAAGAAUGAAGCAGAAGAUUUGACACCAAGGAUCUUGGGCAAGUGGCCGAACACGUACACGUUCACGAAGGCGCUCGCUGAAUCGCUGAUCAGGGAGACAGGAAGUGGACUUCCCAUCGGCGUGUUCAGACCGGCCAUCGUCCUGUCAACGUACAAGGAACCAAUUCCUGGAUGGGUGGACAACAUGUACGGUCCAACAGGAGUCUGUGCCGGAUGCGCAUCGGGCCUUCUUCGUGUGACCAUCAUCGACUCAGGCAAAACCGCCGAUCUUGUGCCAGUAGACACUUGCGUCGCCGGACUGAUAGCCUCCGCCUGGGACGUCGGCACCAAAACAAUCGAAAGAACUUCAGAGAACAUCCCGAUCUACAACUACGUAUCCUCUCCCGAGAGUCCGUUGCUUUGGGGUGAGUACCAGGCCAUCAACGUCUACCACGGCACCAGGUUCCCACUAUCCAACUUCUUUUGGUCCACGAACAUUACCACGACAACCGAUAAACGAGUCUACAACUUCCUGACAAUUUUGUAUCACAUCUUACCGGCCCUGUUCUUCGACACUUUGGCCUUAGUAACCGGUCACAAGCCGAGGCUGCUGAAGAUGUACAAGAAGAUCCACAAGCUCAUCUCCGUCAUCAACUAUUUCUGCGUCAGGGAAUGGAAGUUCUCCAACGACAACGUGCAGAAGUUGUACCUAAAAUUAAGCCCCGAAGAUCGAAAGUUGUUUCCGGUGUCAAUGGAGAACGUUAACUGGAUGAUGUUCUUCAAAAACUACUUCUUGGGCAUGAGGAGGUACUUGUUAAAAGAUCCUGAUUCUACAAUACAAACGGCCAAGAUCAAAUUGGAACGAAUACAAUGGAUCGACACUGUUUUGAUCACCAUUCUGAAGUCGUGUCUUGUGAUACUAGGUUACUAUUUCUUUUCGAAGUUGGUGUAUUAAAUCGAAUUUUUUUUAUUGUAUAUUUGUACAUAGUAGUUAAGUGUUAUGGUAAUUUUGAGCUUGGAGUAGCUUUAGUUUUAGGAGCGGCUUCAAAGAUCAAUAAAUGAUCAAAU